GAGUUUUAUUGAAGGCGAAGAGCUUCGCUGCAUGUGAUGAUAUCAUUCAUAAGCUGCGUGAGAACUACUCUAGAUCUCUCGCUGACUAUCCGUGGGGUUGCUGCCUGAUUCCUUUCUGUACGGAAUUUCUUCGUUCAGUGGAAUAUAUUAUGGAUUCGCUGUUUUUCGCUCGAGGAAAGGUUCUUUUCCCGUUGACAUUGGGAAUCCUGUUGGUCAUCGGAUUCGCCACAACAGCCUCCAUACCAUCUAAGCAAGACCUAGCACUGCUGUCAUUAGUGUGUCGCUUGGAUACAUCUAUGCCGGUCGCUGAGCAAAAGGAGGCACUUGAGGACUGCGUCACCACCACAAGCACCAACUUCCGGCGUUUGGUUGACGGGAUCCUAGCCGGAAAACUGAUUCUAUCCAACAGUACCAUGGCGAACGCGAGCGCUUCAUCGGUGCCGCUGUCCCCGCCCACCACCACCACAGUUCCCACACCGGAAACGCCGACACCCGGGGUGAUUCAAGGUGACAACGAUGUAACGCCGCCAUCUGCAGCGGCUCCCCGCCCACAGAAAAUCUCCUGGCUACGGUACAUCGUCCAGAACCUGAGUCAGGUGGCCGAACGUCAUCCGUUUUUCGCCAUCAUUACCGGCUUGGCAACCAUGGCGGCGAGUUUGUCCUGUUUUAUGUUUCUGGUCACGCCCCGCUUUCUCGAUGCCCUCGAGAAGCGUACGCUGCGCGGCCGGGUCAUGUUGAUUUUGGGGCUGCUGUUCGCCAUUGCGUUCGGCGCGUGGAUCGUCGACAGCCUGUGGCAGGCGCUAUACUGAUGAACGCCAGGACGCGCAUAUAUUUGGUUGGAAGAAUAUUUAGUUGGAAUAUUUAGUAGGAAGUAAAUAACUACUAUAAAUAAUUUACGACUUCGGAAUAGUCUGUUUGUUUGCGGUAGUUGUAUAGUCUGAUGUUGUCUGCUCUAUACGAACAGAAAUUUUGCUUGUGAUCAAAGCAUUGCAAACAAAUUUUCACGGCAUUCUCAGUUUGGCAUAAAGUGAGAUUCAAGGUUUUAAA